ACUUUCCUACCUUCGAUUUUUACUCUCUUUUUGCACCCCCAUUUAAAUAAAAAUUGAAACUUUAAGGGUGAAGAAAUUAAAAAUUAGGGAAGUGAGUUCAAAGCGGUGCAACUGGAACUGCUUUUUAUGCAAUCUCCAUAAUUUUGUUUUGGGAUUAUAUUAUAGUCUCUUCUUCUAUUAUUGAUGGAGUCUCGGGUUAAUUUAAUUCUUUGUUACUUUUAUCUAAUUGAUUAAUUUUUCAUAGUGGUUGGUGAUAGAAGAUUUGGCAGCAUGUCUUGGUGCACGAUUGAGUCCGACCCAGGGGUAUUUACUGAGCUUAUCCAGCAGAUGCAAGUUAAAGGCGUGCAGGUUGAGGAGUUGUAUUCAUUGGACAUUGAUUCUCUGAACAACCUAAAACCAGUAUAUGGUUUGAUAUUCCUAUUCAAAUGGUGUCCAGGCGAAAAGGAUGAACGCCCUGUAAUUAAAGAUCCCAGUCCUAACUUGUUCUUUGCUAGCCAGGUUAUUAAUAAUGCUUGUGCAACUCAAGCAAUCUUGUCCAUCUUGAUGAACUGUCCAGAUAUUGACAUUGGACCUGAACUAACCAAACUGAAAGAUUUUUCAAAGAAUUUUCCACCCGAACUCAAAGGUUUGGCAAUAAAUAACAGUGAACCUAUACGAACUGCCCACAAUAGUUUUGCAAGGCCCGAGCCUUUUGUUCCCGAGGAGCAGAAGGCUGCUGGCAAAGAUGAUGACGUAUACCAUUUCAUCAGUUACCUGCCUGUUGAUGGUGUGCUAUAUGAGCUUGAUGGUUUAAAGGAGGGACCCAUUAGUCUUGGACAAUGCCCUGUUGGGCAAGGUGACCAAGAAUGGCUUCAGAUGGUGCAACCAGUAAUCCAGGAACGCAUUGAGAAGUAUGCCAAAAGUGAAAUAAGAUUCAACCUCAUGGCAGUUAUCAAGAACAGGAAAGAGAUAUACACAGCUGAACUCAAGGAGCUCCAGAAAAAGAGGGAGCGAAUCUUGCUACAGAUAGCUGCCUUGCAAUCAGACAGACCAGUCGACAGUAGUAAAUUUGAAGCCCUAAACAAAUCUCUUUCAGAAGUGAAUUCCGGUAUUGAGGGUGCCACUGAGAAGAUUUUGAUAGAGGAGGAAAAAUUCAAGAAAUGGAGAACCGAAAACAUACGUAGGAAACACAAUUACAUACCCUUUUUGUUUAACUUUCUCAAGCUUCUUGCUGAAAAGAAACAAUUGAAGCCCCUUAUUGAGCAAGCAAAACAGAAGAAAGGAGGAUCUCGGUGAAUGCGGUGUUAUGGCUAACUGUUUAAAAGGGGAUUUUGGUUUCCUUCUCAGUUAAUGUACCGAAUUUAAAUGAGUUUUAAGAUAAUGACUUAUUUUUAUUCCAUCAAAUUGUUUGAUUGUUGAGAACAUCUUGGGUUGUUUUUACCUUAAAAUAUCACUUUCCCCA